GUUCAUAACAAAAGUCAUAAUAUAACCUUAAAAUUACUUAGAGGUUUUCUCAUCUAAUUUUUUAAGUUUUAAAAUAUUCUUGUGUUGUGUUUAAAACCUAAUAUAUUUCUCUUCCAUGAGUGUAGAAGAAUAGGGGUCAGUCAAUAACUGAUAUUCAAAAUGAAAAUUAGAAGGUACAAAAAAGUCAACAAGCACCUUGGUUUCUUCACCAAUAAUUUUGGAUUCAGGCAGCCCUACCAGCUUUUGGCUGAUGGUACAUUUUGCUUUGCAGCUCUCAACAACAAAAUUAAUGUUGCAAAUGACAUCCCAAAAUACCUUCAAAGUGAAAUAAAACUAAUAACGACCCAAUGUGCCAUAAUAGAAAUGGAAAAGUUGGGCCCUAAACUGAAUGGUGCCUUGAUAAUAUUAAAAAAAUAUGUGCUACACAAAUGUGGGCAUGAAGGAAAACCGAUUCCUGGUUCCCAAUGUUUAUUAAAUAUGGUUGCCAUGGAAAACCCAAAGCACUACAUUGUGUGUACCCAGGACAGAGAUUUACAAGAUAAAUUGCGAUUAUUGCCAGGUGUUCCACUGUUAUAUUUGCAUGUGAAAACUCCUGUUUUGGAGCAACCUUCAGAAGCAUCAAUAAAGAGAGCUGAGGAGAAAAUGACUGGUUUAGUACAAUCCGAAGUUGAAAAACUUAAGCAGUUGAAGGAGGAAGAAGGAAUUUCCACUGAGGAGACAAAAGUUAAAAGGAGAAAGAAAAAAGGACCCAAUCCCUUGUCUUGUAAAAAGAAGCAGAAGAAACCCCAAGAAAAUCCCAUACAGAAGAAGGAAAGUAAACCAGAAAUUGAGAAAAAGAAGAGAAAAAAGAUUAGGAUUCCACAGCAUGUGAAAGAAGAGAUUUUAAAAAGAACUUUUAUGAAAAUAAACAAGUUGAAUGAUUAGUUAAAUAGAAGGAUUUAUUUUGCUAA